AGCGCGAUCGCGGCUCAGUUUUCGAUCAGAAGUCAAGCGCGCGCUAAUCGCAGUCGCUCGUGUGCGCAAAAAUCAUUGCGAAAGUAAUCAUUUUACAAAGUUCUUUGGCAACAGUUUGUGAAAUAGUCCGGGCCCCCGUGCAAUUUGUGUGUUGUGGUUUUGCAGUUUUCGGCUUGCAGUUUUGCUGUUAGCUGUUAGCUGUUCGCCGUUUGCCGUUUGCAGUGAUUUACCAACCGAUCUAGUGCUGCCUUCAGUUGCGGAUUUUAAAGUUGUUGUUUGAUAACACGCCUGGCCCCGCAUUGAAUGCGCUAAAUUUCCUACACUAAAUCCGAGAAGAUCAGAAGCAGGCCGCGAUUCCUGAAGUCAAGACUUUAACCACCAAACUAAUUGUACAAUCAACAAGGAACACCAACUACAAAGUAAAAACGUAGAAGAAUAGAAGGACUCCACUGUCAGCGAAGAAAAGCACCAAACCAACCACUACACAGCAACACAAUGGCCUUAAUUAUGAAAUACAUCGACACCAUAAGCAGAUACAUAGACUCACAUAGUGACUCAAGGACAAAAGGCUGGCCCAUGAUGUCGUCCCCAUUUCCCACACUGGCCGUUUGCCUCACAUACGUCUAUCUGGUCAAGGUGCUGGGACCCCGAUUGAUGGAGAAUCGAAAGCCGCUGCAUCUGCAGAACACACUAGUCAUGUACAAUGCCAUACAGGUUGUAUUCAGCGCGUGGCUCUUUUACGAGUGCUUGAUGGGCGGCUGGUGGGGCUCGUACAGCUUCCGGUGCCAGCCGGUGGACUACACAGAUAGUCCCACAUCCCGGAGAAUAGGCAUUUCCGGUUGGCUAACUGGACAUUAUAGCUUCCGAUGUCAGCCAGUCGACUAUAGUAAUAAUCCUAGAACGUUAAGGAUGGUUCAUGCCUGCUGGUGGUACUACUUCUCGAAGUUCACAGAAUUCAUGGAUACGAUUUUCUUCGUGUUGCGCAAGAAGACCAGCCAGGUGACCACGCUGCAUGUCAUCCAUCACGGCUGCAUGCCCAUGUCGGUCUGGUUCGGCGUUAAAUUCACCCCAGGUGGCCACAGCACCUUCUUCGGCCUGCUCAACACCUUCGUCCACAUCGUGAUGUACACCUACUACAUGUUCUCGGCCAUGGGGCCGCAGUACCAGAAGUACCUCUGGUGGAAGAAGUACCUGACCACCCUGCAGAUGGUCCAGUUCAUCCUGAUCAUGGUGCACGCCUUCCAGCUGCUCUUCAUCGACUGCAACUACCCGAAGGCGUUCGUCUGGUGGAUCGGCAUGCACGCCGUCAUGUUCUUCUUCCUGUUCAACGAGUUCUACAAGGCAGCCUACAGGAGCCGCAUGAUGAAAAAGAACGCUGCGCUGGCCAACGGACACGCCAAGCCCAAUGGCUACUGCAAGAGCAUCAACGCCCACGACGACCUGGCCAUGCCGCAGCCAGCGGAGGCGGUGGCGUCCGCGACGCCCGUGUCCAAGGCCAACGGGAGCAGCUCGCUGAGCAAUGGCCAUGGGAAUGGGAAUGGGAAUGGGAAUGGGAACGGGAACGGGCUGGCCAAUGGCUACAAGCAGCUGGUCAACGGCAACGGCCCGAUGGCGACGACCAACGGCAGCACGCACAAGGGGGCCAACGGUGGGCUGCUGACGAACGGGUAUGCCAGCAAGCUGCUGGACGACGCCGCCCAGGAGCUGAAGCAGCGGAAGACGCCGAAAUAAUAUCGGGGCACAGUGGGGCGGCGCCAGCACAGGGCUUAGGACACAGCGAUGGCUUAGAGCAGCGCCAGGAGGUUCCGCUUGCCGGGAGCGGAGCGGAGCUCCAACAGUCAUUUCCACGGACACACACACCUUCACUUCACUUUACUUCACUUCACUUCACUUCAACUCACUACUCCACAUCGCAGACCAUCCCACAUUCAAAAUUCCACACAAGGACACACACGUUCAUGGAGGCGUGGGGGGGAAACUAGCUUGGUUAUUCGCCCACAGCUAAAAAUCCAUACACCAGAGCAUACAGAUAUGCUAAUAGUAUGCCUGCAUACAUAUUGAGGCAUAUGCAAAUGUAUAGGCAUUGCGAAUGCAUAUGCAACCAUUCUUUAGCGUACUACUUUAAACAUGUUUCGUUGCUUCUUUUUCUUUAAACUACUUUAGUUGUACAAAGCUUACUUAUCAUAAGUACCCCAGCGGAUUGUAUAAUACAAAACCAGCAUACGCAAAACAAGAUUUCAGCUAAACGAUAACAUAAACGGAAGCCCAGCAUAAACAAUUUAAAACUAAAGCUAAUGUUUGUUACAGUUAGUUUGUGUGUGAGCAAGGAAUUCAACUAUUUAAGCCUAGAAUUUAAUUUAUAUAUGCGUAUAUAUAUACGUAUAUACAUACGUAUGCAUAUAUUAUUCAGAUAAACGCAAAACACAAAACACAAAAAGCAGCAGCCAACGGCAAGUUUUGUAAAUGUAUAGAGCAAAAACAAAUGUAAUUUAAAAUUAGGCACAAUAAUUUUUAAAAAUAAAAGUCAUUCAGAAAUAGUCAAAAACUAUUUACGUUAAACAGAAAACCGCAAAUGCGCGAGUAUUCGACAAAUUUUGUAAAACGUUUCACAGUAUACAAAAGAAACAAAAUGUACGAAGACAUUAAGACAUCACAGGCUAUCAAAUAACCCAUACAAAGUUUCAUUAAUUUAUUACAAAUAAAUUAUGCCGCUAAACUAAUUCCGAAAACGCGAGAAAAAUGUGCAUCUUUUGACCUUUAAUAAAGGGUGCAUGCCCAAAAACAACAACUCAACAUCAAUAUUAAAUACAAAAGGUAAACCCAACUAGGAAUAUCAAUAAGAUCGAUCCACUUGAAACCGAGCAUUAAAAUCAGUAAAUUGUUGGAAUCAAAAAAAAACAAAAUAGACUGUAAGUCCCACACUCUAGGUUCUAUAGGUAUGCAAUUGCAAAUCGUUUUGUAUGCGUAAUAGCCAUUUUUGUGGAGCAGUAUGUAAACAUUACCUAUGUAAUUAUUAUUAUACAAAUACAAAAAAAAAAAACAUGUGUAGAAAAUUAGGUGAAAAUGGAGUGGAGAAUUUUUUCAAUAAAACACUAAACUGAA